AUGCACAGUUUGAAUUUGAAGGGCGUCAUGAAUUUUCACUCGCUGUCGUUGCCGAAUCGACUCAGCUACAGCAUAGCUGCUAAGGAUUGUUGUCAGCGGCCAAACCGGAUCGUUGCUUGUGGCACACAGGGUCAAGGACCGGGCCCGAUUGAGGAAACCCGUCGAAGUUCGUUUCUCUCUCGAACCGGAACAUAUGCGCUACUGAAGCAGCAAUUGGAAAAUUACAAAGAAGCUGCGAGACUUCGUGAUUCUUUGAAGUUAUUUGAAGAAAAGGAGCCAAUUCUUCGACUUCGGAGAUUAAUAAAAGAGGCCAUCGUAGAGGAAAGAUUUGAGGAUGCAGCUAAGUACCGUGAUGAGCUGAAGGAAAUUGAUCCUCAUUGCUUGUUAAAGUGCUCAAGUGAUGCAACAACCUUGGACAUUAGGGUCCAAGUCAGGAGUGUUUACGUUGAUGGUCGAAGUCAGCCUUCAAAGAGUCUUUAUUUUUUCGCAUACAGGAUUAGAAUCACCAACAACUCAGACCGGCCCAUGCAACUUCUUAGAAGACAUUGGAUUAUCACUGAUGCCAAUGGGAAAACUGAAAAUGUCCGUGGUAUUGGAGUUAUAGGCGAACAACCGGUUUUACUUCCCAAUACUAGCUUUGAGUAUUCAUCUGCGUGUCCAUUGAGCACACCUAGCGGAAGAAUGGAAGGUGAAUUUGAGAUGAAGUAUGUCGAUGAAGUAUGUAAUCAGACAUUCAACGUGGCUAUCGACCCUUUUUCUCUGUCAACAUUCGGAGAUGGCACUGAUGCUGUUUGACAUGCGUCAUGAGAUGAUUAUGAAUCGGCAUUGUGUGCAGCAUUUCAGUAACUUAGCUUCGAAGGCCUUGUAUAAAAUGAAAUCCCCACAGUAAUAAAUCUUUUUUCACUAAAGGCGGGAAAUGCUGCUGAAGGAUCCUAUGAGUACAUGCGAAACUAGAAUUUUUCCUGAUCGUAAAUCGUAGACUUGAUAGAUGUAAUCGAAUGUGAAAAACCAGUGAAUAUACAGUUCAACCACUUUGUGUAUUGAAUAUUACCAACUUGUGUUGUACUGUUGUAGAUUUUGCUCCUGUGAUUUUAAGGUUGUGUUUGAUUGAGUGAAAUUUCAUAAAUGCAAAACUAUGCACUCUCGAGCCCCUUCUAUUCCUCUAUUAUUAAGUUGUUCUGGCUGCUUAUACACUGCAAAAUUUGUGAAUAUUCUUUCUGCUACUUGUGAGUUGUGAUAUUCAUCUGACUUGAAUGAUGAACGCUCUUUGGGGUUCUUGCAUUUGGCUUUAGGACUUUGCUUGAUUCUUAAAGUUAU